UCAUUGCAAACGAUCAUAACCCUUAUCGCACACAAGUGAUAGAAAAUCACAUAUUAGAUUGUUAAACAAACGAAUUGUUUUAAUCGAAUUUCUUAUUUGUUGGGUCAGGUGAACCUAGUAGGAAUACUAAAUCUUUGAAGCUACAGUCAUCAAAAUCGACUUGGCUAACGAGAAUUCCGAAAGAUCCCAACAAACUUCAAAGAUUUAUUGAUCGGAUUCAAUUCAGAGGUUCUAUUCGACGUUUAAAAUGCCGGAAUCGAGCCGAUUCGACUGUACGAUAUGUCAGUUGCCGAACAACAUCGACGACAUGGUCGAAUGCGAUGGUUGUCAAAACUGGUUUCACUUUGGAUGUGUAGAUUUCGAUGAGAGCAAAAGGCAAGAGGAUUGGAAGUGUUCCUCGUGUGUUACAAAAUCCACAGGAGACGACGAGAACAAUCUACAACCGCCUUCCACACUACCAAAUUCCGAUAAUCGGGAGGCAACUCUUGCUGAUUCACGUGCUGCUCAGAUUAAACUUAACCUCAAUCGUUUAGAGGAGGAAAGAGCGUUAAUGCAGAAGGAAAUCGAACUGAAUCUCUCAACUCAACUUGAAAGGCAAAAGUUACAGUUGGAGAAGGAGGCUAGUAGAGCAAAAUAUGAUAUUCUACGUGCACAUUGGAGCGGAAUAGCCGUUAGAGAUGGAGUUUCAGAGGAUAGUUCCGGACGAGUAGGAGAGUGGUCCCAGAUGUUGAAUCAGGUUGUGGCUAGAUCGAGCCUGGAAGUUGGUGUCUCGACAGUCGUCACUACGGUUCAUCAAGCGUGUUUACCACCACUAUCUGCGUCACAACCGCCUUUAAAUACAUUACCGUACUCUUCUCAAUCGCGUUGUGCGACCUUGCCAUCAGGGCCCACACAAGGUCAGUCCAACCAGCCAGCAGUGCAUUCAUCACCACACCCCUUCAACUCUAGUGAGACAUCGGCAGCGCCUGGUUCGUCGGUAACAAAUGGAUAUGCUACAACAACGGCAAUGAGGCAGCCAGUCUACCCGGGUUAUACAAACAACUUCUCGCCUGAUUUUCUACCGUUUAGCGGCAUAAGUCAACCAGGGUCAUCGACACCAAUAACAGCGGGCACAUCUGGUCAUCCAGUUGCAGACGUCACAAACCUCACUCAGUCGAUGCCACCUAUUAUAAAUUCCGUUAGACAACAAAUGGUACAAUACCUACCAAACCAGGUAAAUAGUAGCAUAGGAAAUCAGUUUUCGGUAGGACUUUUUCCCUCGUUACAACACUAUCACUAUAAUAAAGCAAACAAUCCAAAUAUCCAAGUAAAUGUUACUGCGCCUCAAGGCUCCAUCCCCUUCCCACAAAGUGUUUAUUCUCAAGUACCAUCAGUGCUACCACCGACUGUGCCGGUCUGUGAGGGCGAUAGUCCGACAGCACGUCAGCUGGCGGCGAGAUACGUAAUGUCAAAGGAUUUGCCUACAUUCAGCGGGCGGUCAGAAGAGUGGCCGUUGUUUUUAAGUGCCUACACAACAUCAACAGAGGCGUGUGGUUACAAUAACGUAGAGAACCUAGGACGCCUACAAAGAUGCCUUAAGGGAAAUGCGUUGGAAGCUGUUCGGAGUCGCUUGUUGUUACCGUCAUCAGUACCACAUGUGAUGCAGACGUUGCAGAUUCUAUACGGCCGUCCUGAACAAAUCAUAUACGCAUUGUUAGCAAAGGUGCGUGAGGUACCCCCUCCGAGGCACGACAAUUUGAAGACGUUAGUGAACUUUGGAAUGGCUGUGCAGAGUUUCUGCGACCACUUAGAAGCAGCUGGACAAAUAUCUCACCUGUCAAAUCCGGUGUUAUUACACGAGCUGGUGGAUAAACUGCCAGCGCACCUGAAAUUGGAUUGGGCUGUGUUUAAGCGACAGUACGUAAUCGUUGACUUGCGGUUGUUCGGAAGUUACAUGAAUAACCUCGUUUCGGCAGCAGCAGACGUAACACUUUCUAUAGAAUUGUCACCGUCACCGUCUCGCCCGAUGAAGAACGAUAGAAUAAAGGGGUUUCUUAAUGCUCAUUCGGCAACACCGACAGCGCAACUUGAGAAACAAAGAGAAUCUACGGUGAGCUGUCUCGUCUGUAACAAACAGAAUCACAAGGUCAAGGAAUGUGAUACUUUCAAGAGGAUGACCACCGAUGAUCGAUGGAAGUCGGUACACACUCUACAUCUGUGUCGAGUAUGCCUCGGUAGACAUGGUAGAAAGCCAUGUAGGUCGCAGGCGCGCUGCAAUAUUGCAGGAUGCCAGUUGCGACACAAUCCUCUACUCCAUGGGGCAUUGGUCUCUAUUAUUGCUGAGCCAUCGGAUAAAGUUAGACGAGACGCAGAUGCUGUAAUAUCGCUCCAUAAUGUACAAGGCGCCGUGCUUCUUCGUAUUCUUCCUGUGACGCUACACUAUCGAGGAAAAUCUGUUAAUACUCAUGCCUUUAUAGACGAAGGAUCAUCUGUUACUCUAGUGGAGAAGAAAUUGGCUGACAUACUAGAAGCAGAAGGUGUCAAACGAUCGCUGUGCCUCUCGUGGACAGGGAAUGUUACCCGAGUAGAGGAGGACUCUCAACAAAUCACACUGGAGAUCUCUAGUGAGGAGAAUAGUUAUCGGUACAAAAUCGAUGACGUCAAAACCGUCCGGUCGUUAGCUCUUCCCCAGCAAACGCUGCGAUACGACGAUCUAUCUCUUCGGUAUGAUCAUAUACGUAAUUUACCGAUCAAAAGUUUCGAGAACGUUACUCCUGGUAUACUCAUUGGUGUAAAGCACGCUCAUCUGACUGCGACGACACACGUCCGCGAGGGUCAACAAGGAGAACCCGUUGCAGCAAAAACCCGUUUAGGUUGGGCAGUGUACGGUCCCGUGCUAGGUCGAGCAAAGCCAACCAGUUUUAGUCUUCACAUUUGCGAUUGUUCGUCGGAUAGUACGCUGCAUGAUUUGGUCAAGCAAUAUUUCACCAUCGAAAGUGUCGGUGUAUCAGUCAAACAAGGACCAGAUUCGGAAGCAGACAAGCGGGCUAAACUUAUGUUGGAAGUAACAACCAAACGUGUGGAAGGCGGCUUCGAAACCGGUUUACUAUGGCGCCAUGACUAUGUCGAAUUUCCUGACAACUACAACAUGGCAGCACGUAGAUUGGAGUGUUUUGAGAGGCGUUUGAAAUCAAACCCGAAUAUAGCAACAAAUAUUCAUCGUCAAAUGGAGGAGUAUCGAUACAAAGGCUACAUGCAUGAAGCAACGGAUGAAGAAUUGCAGACUGCUGACCUGCGCAGGGUAUGGUACCUACCGAUCGGUGUGGUAUUGCACCCGAAAAAGCCAAAUAAGUUUCGCUUAGUCUGGGACGCGGCUGCCAAAGUGGAUGGCGUUUCGCUAAAUUCGAUGCUGCUCAAAGGACCGGAUUUAACGGCAUCUCUACCCGUCGUCCUUGCUGGGUUUCGCGAGCGAAAGGUGGCAAUUGGAGGAGACAUAUGUGAAAUGUUUCACCAAAUAAAAAUAAGGAAACAGGAUAAGAACUCUCAAAGAUUUUUGUGGCGAGACAACCCAGAAAAACAACCACGGGUGUUUAUAAUGGAUGUGGCCACGUUCGGGUCGACAUGCUCCCCAUGCUCCGCGCAGUUUAUAAAAAACCGUAAUGCGGAACAAUAUGCUCAACAGUAUCCACGUGCAGCGGAUGCCAUUCGAAACCGGCACUACGUCGACGACUACCUCGAUAGCUUCGACACAGAAGAGGAAGCAAUCAAAGUGGCCAAGGAGGUAGCUCUCAUACAUCGAAGAGGUGGUUUUACUAUGCGUAGUUGGUUGUCCAAUUCUUCGGAGGUUCUGCGACGGGUCGGGGAAUCUACUCUUCAACCCGAGAAGCAUAUCGAUUGGGACAAAAGCAGCUGGAUUGAGAGAGUACUUGGUAUGUCGUGGGAUCCUAAACAUGACGUAUUCCUAUACUCCAGUAGCGUGAAUGUGGAAGUUACCACUACCACGAAGAGGGGAAUCUUACGGUGUGUGAUGAGUCAGUACGAUCCCCUUGGAUUGCUGUCACACUUUUUGGUUCACGGUCGGAUUAUUAUCCAGGAUAUAUGGCGGUCAAAAACCGGGUGGGAUGAGGAGAUAAACGGUGACAUUUUGAAUCGUUGGAGAGCGUGGACGAGCCAUUUCAACAAUCUUCAGCAAGUACGGAUCAACCGCUCGUACUUUCCUGGUACAAAAACGUCAGAUUUAGUGAAUCUGCAGUUGCAUGUAUUCGUGGACGCCAGCGAAUGCGCAUAUGCUUGUGUUGCAUAUUUUCGUGCCGUGGUAGCCGACGAAAUCAAAGUGGCGCUGGUAUCAGCGAAAGCAAAAGUAUCACCCUUAAAGUCGUUAUCCAUUCCGAGGUUAGAACUCCAAGCCGCUCUACUAGGAGCGAGGUUACUGAAAACCAUCAUCGAAACACACUCACUACCGGUAUCUCAAAAAUUCAUCUGGACGGAUUCCAAAACAGUUCUGGCGUGGAUCUUUUCUGAUCAUCGUUGCUACCGACAAUUUGUUGCCAGCAGAGUGGGUGAAAUCCUUUCUAUAACUGAUUCGAGUGAGUGGCGAUGGAUACCAACCAAGGUCAACGUUGCGGACUUAGCGACAAAAUGGGGACGAGGUCCAGAACUUUUCAUGAGUAGCAGCUGGUUUGCUGGUCCUGAGUUUCUGAAACACUCCUUUACGCAGUGGCCGAAGAUGAUCGCCGAACAGUUUUCAACUAUCGAGGAACUUCGGCCAUGUUAUUCUCAUUGUGUGAAACCGCUAGAUGGAUUUAUUGCAUGGGAACGCUUUUCCAAGUGGGAGCGUCUCCAUCGAAUGACAGCGUAUGUCGGUCGAUUCGUGUCGAACAGCAGAAAUUUUAGUCGUCUAUCGAAAGAAGUAGGUUAUCUUACUAGUGACGAGCUGUCAACGGCCGAAAAUGUUCUUUGGCGUGUAGUUCAGAGUAUGGUUUAUCCCGACGAAGUAUCCCUACUCAAAAGGUUUCAGGAAACGACAACUGAAUGUAAGCUUAAGAGUGCACUGAGCGGUUCUAGUAAACUUUAUAACAUGUCUCCAUUUUUGGAUAAACACGGAGUUAUCAGAAUGGAAGGACGAAUUGGAGAGACCGUUUUUAUGUCUUACGAUGCCAGAAAUCCAAUUAUUCUUCCCAAAGAGCACCGCCUUACCUUUCUUUUGGUUGAUUGGUACCACAGAAUUUACUUACAUGCAAACACCAACACCGUCGUAAACGAAAUUAAGCAAAGGUUCAGAAUUCCCCAACUACGAGCUCUUGUCCGGCGAGUAUCCAAGUCUUGUAUGCAAUGCAAAGUCAAAAAGGCAAAACCGUUGCCGCCGAAGAUGGCUCCUUUACCGAGUGCUAGAUUGAGUCCGUAUACUCGUCCAUUCUCAUUCGUCGGCUUAGACUAUUUUGGGCCAAUAGCUGUUAAGGUCGGUAGAAGUCUAGUGAAACGGUGGAUAGCGUUAUUCACGUGCUUGACGGUCCGCGCCAUUCAUCUGGAAGUUGUGCACUCUUUGUCCACAGAGUCUUGCAAGAUGGCUAUACGGCGCUUCCUUGUCCGUCGUGGAUCCCCCCUGGAAAUAUACAGUGACAAUGGCACUAAUUUUAUAGGCGCUAGUCGCGAACUCCAGGAACAGUUUCAGGUGAUGAACCAGACACUAGCCGAGCUGUUUACCAAUAUCAAUACAAAGUGGUUCUUCAAUCCCCCAUCAACCCCACACAUGGGUGGAUCGUGGGAGAGACUCGUUCGCUCAGUCAAAACGGCAUUCGCGACUAUGUGUACAACGAAACAUCCAAACGAGGAAACUCUUGCUACAAUAUUGGUUGAGGCUGAAGGAAUAGUUAACUCCAGGCCGCUGACAUUUGUUCCUCUUGACGCGGAUGACCAGGAAGCUCUUACUCCGAAUCAUUUUCUGCUGUCAAGCUCAAGCGGGGUGAUUCAAAAGCAGCAAAAUACUAUCGAACCAAAGGAAGCGCUGAAGACUAACUGGAAGCUCGCUAGACAUUUGGUGGAUCAGUUCUGGCACCGUUGGGUGAAGGAAUACCUCCCUACCAUCACUAAGCGCACGAAGUGGUUUGAUAAUACUAAACCACUGGAGCCAGGCGAUUUGGUCGUAGUCGUAGACGAGACUGUCCGAAAUGGGUGGAUACGUGGACGCGUUCUUUCGGUUGUUAGAAGCAAAGAUGGUCAAGUUCGCCAAGCUUUGGUGAAGAUCGCCUCGGGAGUUAUACGCAGACCAGCUACGAAGAUUGCCGUAUUAGAAGUCAACAAAGAUGAUAAUGCCUGUUCCACUGCGGAACAGAAUUAUGGGUCGGGGGAUGUAGGGGCCAACGACGCCACUGUAUCGUAGAUCUGACAUCACUCCCAACUGCCUGCUUAUGCCAUAGAUCUGACAUCACUUCCAACUACCGGUUCCCUUUUUCACUGUAUUCAUUGUAAACGAUCAUAACCCUUAUCGCACACAAGUGAUAGAAAAUCACAUAUUAGAUUGUUAAACAAACGAAUUGUUUUAAUCGAAUUUCUUAUUUGUUGGGUCAGGUGAACCUAGUAGGAAUACUAAAUGUAAGUUAAAUUUGUAAUCAAACUUGUUUAAACUGAAUAUACUCGCAUUACAGCUUUGAAGCU